AUGCUGGACAACGACCUCGACGUGGAGCUCGAUGGUCAAGGUCAAGGUCAUGGCCACGAGCCCCCGCUAAAAAAGCCCAAAAGGUUCCAAUGUCAGCAUUGCCAGAGGUUCUUCGCUCGUCUCGAACACCUUCAGCGCCAUGAACGCACACACACAAGAGAGAAGCCAUUCGCCUGUUCUCAGUGUGAUAGCAAGUUCACUCGGAGUGAUCUGCUUGUCCGGCACGAGAGAUUGAGUCAUGACCCUGAACGGUCGGUGCGCAAUGGCAGAGCUGAGAGUCAUACUGGCUCAAGCAAUCAUCAGGACGGUCGCCAACGGAGAGACACUGGUACCAGUAACACCUUGGAAGUCCCAGACGCCAGAUCACUGAGCUCACCGCGUUUCGCGCAAGUGACCAACUACUUGCCGUCGACCGCCAACCAAGCUCCAGCACACGCCACCAGCAACAAUGACCUCUUAUUUACAUCCUUACUCAUGGCUGCAGAACACGCCAGACCACAGGCCCAUCCUAACCCGAUGGAACCGCAAUCAAAUCUCCCUGAAUCUAUCUUCCCCUCUCAGGAUCAACUCCUCGGCGGCGGCCAAGCUAUCCAGUCUUCUAUCCCAAACACAUCCAACCCCUUGAAUGGCAUGGGCGGGCUUCAGGGCUUUGACUUUGAAGACUCGCUUCAAGACCUCGCCAACUUCAUGGACAAUGGCACCCUGGCAUCCUAUCACUUCUCAUCACUAAUCAGCGCUGAACAGCCCAUUCCAUUCUUCUCUCCCGAAUCACUCACACAGACAGGAGACCCUUUCCCAACCACCGAGCCUCCUGUCCAUCCGCGUCCUACCCAAGCAUUGGACCAGCAAGAAGAUUCAAGCUCCUUUUCACGCUUCGGUUCGCGCUUGCCAUCGCUACAGCCAGAAGAAAGUCCUUCUGCACCCCAAAACGAGCAAUACCCUCAGAAGGCCCUUUCUGACCUGAACACCGAGGACAGACAAGCCGUUGCGGGCAAGCUGGCCGAAUUCUCACAUGCCGUCCCCACCAACUUCCAGCUCCCUUCCAGACUGGCUCUUUCCCGUUAUCUUGCGGGCUAUGUCAACGGCUUCCACGAGCAUUUACCCUUUCUCCAUAUUCCUACCGUCUCAGUGCACAACUGUUGCAUUGAACUCAUUCUGGCCAUGGCCGCCGUGGGUGCUCAAUACUGCUUCGAAGGCCAAAAGGGGGUGGAACUCUUCCACGUCAGUCAGUCCAUAGCAAUGCAACGAAUUCGGCAGCGUGAUGCGAGGCUAGCCAACUCCCAUCGCACAUCAGACUCGUCAUCCCAAUAUCCCGGUCGAACUAGAACAAGCGAAAUAUUGACAACUGGAGAAACACCGCGCAGUGGCUCAAUCUCAGGAUGUUUAGGUCUCCCAUCCCAGCCCGACUCGGAUUCCGGUGCCCAAAAGGAAGAUCUCAUUCAAACUGCUCAAGCACUCCUCCUUCUCAUGGCAAUGGCAACAUGGGCCAAACAUCGUGAGAUUCUUCGAGAAGCACUCGCCAUUCAGAGCGUUCUCGCAACCCUGGUCCGAGAUGAUGGCUUCAAGUCUCCACCAAUGUCGGAAGAUAUUAGUUGGCCAGAGUGGAUCAGGCGUGAGACAACCAAAAGGACCAAAUUUAUCGUUUUCUGCUUCUUCAAUCUCCACACGAUCGUUUACAACAUCCCGUCCUUGAUCCUCGCGUCCGAAGUGGACCUCGAUCUCCCAUGUAAUGCUUCCGAGUUUAAAGCAUCGACCGCCACCAAGUGGAAAGAACUACGCUCUCGCGGCUCUCCUGAGGUCAGCUUCCAGGUCGCCAUUCACCGACUCUUUUCUCGCUCAGGGAAUGACGCCAACACAUAUAACUCUUCCCUGGGCAACUACGUCCUCGUCCACGCCCUCCUUCAGCACAUCUUUUUCGUGCGACAGAUCUCACGGUAUCGACUUGACUACGGUGGUGAACUACGUGCUGAUGACGUUGCCGCCAUCGAACAAGCUCUUCGAAAUUGGCAACUCGCCUGGAAACGCAACCCUGAAUCUUCUCUCGACCCGAUGAACCCCAACGGACCGGUGACAUUCAACUCGACCGCUCUUUUGAGACUCGCUUACAUCAGACUCAAUGUAGACCUGGGCCCGGGACGGGCGCUCGACACAAGAGACCCUGUCCAAAUUGCAAAUGCGUUCCGUGACAGUCCUUCUGUCAAACGCACCCCUAAACUGGUUCGCGCAGUUCUCCACUCCGCCCACGCCCUCAGCAUCCCCGUCAAAAUCGGUAUUCACCUCGUGGCCCAGACGCAGACAUUCAUGUGGUCUAUACAACACUCCCUUUGCACCCUCGAGUGUGCCUUCCUACUGAGCAAAUGGCUCGAGGCACUUAGUCUCCAGGAUUCUGGACCAGUCAUCACUCACGACGAACAGAAAAUUGCCACAUUGGUGAAAACCAUGUUGGAUGAAACCGAGUUUGCGAUGCCACGUGAUGUUCCCAUGGAAUCGCCUGCUGCCAUGAAGUAUCUCAGCGCUGGAGUGCUGCGAGUAUGGGCACAGGUCUUUCGGGGUGCGCAGACGUGGGCGAUUGUCGAUGUCAUCGGAACGAGUCUCAACAUAUACGCUGAUAUGCUUGAGGCCGACUGA